UGCAAUUUCUGUGCUAAACAAAAAAGCAUCCAAUCACAUCAGUAUCAAUAUAUUCAAGGGUGAGGUUAUUGCAUAAAAUAUAACAUAUGAAAAAGAAAUGGCGAACGAGAAAGAAAUGUUAGCAUUGCUAAAAAUUAAAUAUGAAAAUGUCAUCAACUCCAAAAGAAAGUUAUCAAGUGUUAAUAAUGGAACUGAUUUAAUCAAUUUGUUGAAACGAAGAGAUGCUCUUACGGAUGAGGAUAAAAUUGAGAUUGAAAAUAUACUCCAACCCAAAAAACAAAGAAGUGCUCCAUUAACAAUAGCUUCCAAUAACUACAGGAGAGAAAUAAAUACUUAUCAAUUAUCGAGUGAACCUUCCAGCAAUAUUCAUAAAGCCUAUGAGAUUAUGUGCAAUAGACUAGGCAAAAAUUGGAAAGACUUUGCUCGGGAACUGAAAGUAUCUGAAAGUAAAAUUGAUGAGCUUGGUGCUUUAAAGCACAAUGAAGCUAUACAAUGGAUAUUGACAAACCAUGAAAACAAUUGUGACAAAAAACGCCAAAGACAUGAACUGAUAAAUGCUUUAAGUAAUUGCAGAAGAAAAGACUUGAGUAGAGAGGUUGAUCUUCUAAUGAGCUAUUAACAAUAUUUAUAUAUUUGUAAUAUUUUGACAGAAUAUAUUUAUUUUUUAUUUUA